GUCCACAUGUCCUCUCUGAGUCCUGGUCUCACUCUGAAACAGGAAAUCCCAGAGACUCCACAGAUUAAAGAGGAGCCAGAAGAACAGCACGUCAAACAGGAGGAAGAGGAGCUGCAAGUGUCUGUCCCUGAGGCCAAUGAUGGCUGUGUGAAGACAGAAGAGUCCUCACUGUUUCAAAGAAAAGAAACUGAUCACAGAGAGGACAUCAACUCAGAGGCACAUGUCCACAGAGAGGACACACAGGGAGAGGACAUCAACUCAGAGACACAUGUCAACCCCGAGACUGAGGAAGACACGGAGCACUCUUCUGACACUGACAGUGAUGAAGACUGGAGUGCUCCAAUCGGCUCGUCAGCUGCACAGAUGGAGACAGAUGCAGAUGGAGACCACUACAACCAAGUCCAGAUCAGAGCCAAAAGCACCACUGCACCAAACUCAAGUCUAUCCCCCAAAUACAAGUCUGCACCAGAGACCAGAGCCACUGUGGACAAUGGGGACGUGUCAGGAACAGCUGAAGGAACUGCAGGGAAGAGACACCAGUGCUCUGUUUGUAAAAAGAGAUUUGGCUUAAAAAUAGAUUUAAUAAGACACUUUAGAAUUCACAGAGGAGAGAAACCUUACAGCUGUUCUGUCUGUGAGAAAGCAUUUAAUCAAAAGAGUAAUCUCACACAACACAUGAGAAUACACACAGGAGACAAGCCUUACAGGUGUUCUCUCUGUGAGAAAGCAUUUAUUCAAAAGAGUAAUUUUAUUUACCACAUAAGAACACACACAGGAGACAGACCUUACAACUGUUCUGUCUGUGAGAAAGCAUUUAUUCAAAAGAGUAGUCUUACAUAUCACAUGAGAAAACACACAGGAGAAAAGCCUUACAGCUGUUCUGCCCAGAGCAUUGAUGUGAAAAGACACAGGUGUUCUUUCUGUGAGAAAGCAUUUAAUCGAAAGAGUCAUCUCACAAAUCACAUGAGAACACACACAGGAGACAGGCCUUACAACUGUUCUGUCUGUGAGAGAGCAUUUAUUCAAAAGACUCAUCUCACACAACACAUGAAAACACACACAGGAGACAAGCCUUACAGCUGUUCUGUCUGUGAGAAGGCAUUUAUUAAAAAGAGUAGACUUACAUACCACAUGAGAACACACACAGAUGACAGGCCUUACAACUGUUCUGUCUGUGAGAGAGCAUUUAUUCAAAAGAGUAGUCUUACAUACCACAUGAGAACACACACAGGUGACAGGCCUUACAGCUGUUCUGUCUGUGAGAAAGCAUUUAUUAAAAAGUGUAGUCUUACAUAUCACAUGAGAAACCACACAGGAGAAAAGCCUUACAGCUGUUCUGCCCAGAGCAUUGAUGUGAAAAGUGAUACAAAAAGUCACACAGGAGAGAAAUAGUUUAAAAUAAAGUCUAACAAGCCUCAAACAGAGCAGUGCCUACAGUUAGCAUCACAC